CUAUCUUCUGGUGAACUAAAAAUUCACUUCUCGAAAUUCAUGUUAUGAUCCAAACACAGCCUUAGUGAUGGACGCGUAAAAAAAACGCAUAAGAAAAACUCCUAGGAUUUGAGGUCUUUAAGGACAAAAGACGAGGAAGAAACUCGAUUGGAACUAAGUUUUUUGUGUCAACGUGAACCAGAAUAUUUAUUAUUUACAACAUAUGCGAGGUAGGUUCCAAAUGAAAAGGUGCUUUCGCUGGUGAAGAACAAAUUGAAAAACCUGGGUAUCAUCGGUUUUUGUUUGCGACCAAAAUGUUUGUGCAAAAGUUUGAAUGAAGUCCCCAUUAGACUUGGUUUAUGUUUCACUGCUGGGAAAUUGGAAAAAAAAGGACAAGAAAUGAAGACAAGGCUAAUAUUGAAAUGAGGAAGUUUCAAGGCAUUAGAAGACUUGACAUUUGAAGUAACUUUAUUAUGUCUUUGAAUAAGACAACUCGCGAAGUUGUCCAAGGACACAAGCUUAGCGCAGAAACCUAUGCAAUCAGAUUCAUCACCAUGCCCUCAAGUUUAAAUACUACAUAGCUGUUUAGAGUUGAAGAGGGUUGUGUAACCUAGCCAAACAAACAGUAAGAAAAACAAAAGCCUUAGGUACCCUUUCGAUUUUUUAUUUUUUAGAAGAGGGAGGGAGUUAUUAUUUACUUUGAUUAAUAGAGAGUCAGUAUCAGAGGCUAUUUAAAUUUGUCUUCUGCAUUGUGUAAUCCAAUCAAACAAGCAACGUAUCUUAACCUGUUAAUCUGCUUCAUUUUGGCUACAUUUUUCUUUUUGCACAAGAGUCCUGUCUACAAUAAGGUUGCGAAAGUGACACUAACUUAUUAUGUCACAAAAUUAAUUUUAUAUCUCAGUUUUAACUUUGCGCAAAGCUCAAUUUAUAGCAGAACUAUGCAUUGUGGUGAUGAGGUGUUAAGCAGAUUGUGCUUUAUCUAUCAUGCGCAAGUUGCUAUCUAGUACGUAGGUGAAGGUCAAUUCAUUGAGUAAAGCCAAAUUGAUGGGUUUCUCUGUCUUCUCUCAAACUUUACUUGCAAAUAAUUGGUUCCUGUCCCUUGUAUCUUCUCCACGAUGUUGGUAAUAUCUGCAUGGGACUGGAGCCAUAUUAUAUAUAAUGCGGAUAAGUAGAUAACACUUUACUCUCUUAUUUAAAGCCAGCCUAAUUGGUAUUAUCGGCACUUGUUGAUUCCUUUGGUCUCUCUCUCUCUCUCUCUCUCUUGCUAAGAGCAAAGUAUUCUUUGAUGGAGGGAGAUCAAGUGGGCUCUGGUUACUCUUUUCCACCUGGCUUCAGAUUCCACCCUUCUGAUGAAGAACUCAUAGUUCAUUACUUGCGAAACAAAAUCUGUUCACGUCCACUUCCAGCAUCUAUUAUAGCUGAGAUAGAUCUCUACAAGUAUAACCCGUGGGAGCUACCCAAUAAGUCUUUGUUUGGAGAAGAAGAGUGGUAUUUCUUUAGCCCAAGGGACCGAAAGUACCCAAAUGGAUUGAGACCAAACAGGGCAGCAGCCUCAGGAUACUGGAAGGCAACAGGAACUGACAAGCCAAUUCUUUCUUCCAGUGGAUCGAAGCGCAUAGGAGUGAAGAAAGCUCUGGUGUUUUAUUCAGGUCGACCUCCUAAGGGAUCUAAGACGGAUUGGAUCAUGAAUGAGUAUAGAUUGAUUGAUACAAUUACCAAAUCCCCCAGGCUAAAAGGCUCCAUGCGGUUGGAUGACUGGGUACUAUGCCGGGUUCGACAUAAAGGCUACUCUUCGAAGAUAUCAGGUGAAAAUCAAGAGAAUCCUAGUGAACUAAACCUGUCUGCAAAACUACCGAGGAGUGAAGGAUAUCCAACAAACAUGAACUGUCGGGCUGACAUGAUCACUGAUUAUCAAUACAAAGACUAUCAGAUCAUAGCCUCUAUUCUUGUUGGUGCACCUGUAUCUCCCACUGAAAACAUGCCAAAUAUGAGCUUUAAGGGCUGCAAAGGCACCAAUCUAGUUUCAGUUUUUGAAGAUGGUUUAACUAAAGUGAAUUCUCAAAUGACAUUUCCUUCUUUGGACAGUUACUUCAACCCACUGACUAGAAAAUCCAAUGAAGAUGAACAGUAUGGAAAUCUCAUCUCUUUUAACAGGAAGUUCAACGCUGAGGACAAAAUGGACGAAUCACCUAGCAGGGUGUUGGCCAGUAGAGAAUUGAACUGCUAUAACCAAAACCAGUCUGAAGAUGACAUUUUCAGCGGGAACCCACCAGACACUGGCAUCGAUUUUCAAGAUCUUAACGAUUUAGUCUUUACAGGAAGUGACAGCCCUCAGAUAGCGCAAGGAUGCAAUACCAUGUUACAACCGGAUACCAGCACAACAAGGGAAAUGAUUCAAGAUCAAGUCACCUCAGAGCACUGAAAUAAAGAGAAGAUGUCGUAUUAGCCAGCAGACGAGGGAGUACAGAAU